AUGGACUCCAAUUCAGUUAGUUAGCAAGACAUGCUAACAGUUUUAAAUGUAUAUCAGCAAUUAGUCACAGAUAGUACAAAGUUAGCUCAAGGUGAUAAAUUUUUAGAGUAAGCCCUCAACUAGAUUAAUAAUUUUGCAUCUACCUCUAUCAAGAUUUUUGUUUAGAAGGAGUAAAACAUGCAAAUGCGUAUUUACAUAGGUGCUUUAAUCAAAAAUAUGCUCAGAGAGUACUGGUAAAGCAAUCAGGCUCUUGCAGAUUAGAAAAAGGAAAUAAGAGAAAUAUUAUUGCAUGGUCUGCUAAUGAAUGUCGGAGACUUGAGAAUUAUAGAAAUUAUUGCCCUUAUUAUCACUGAAAUUAUGGUUUUCGAUGGAGUAGAAUUAUGGGCAAGUUCAUUAAAGCAAAUUAUAGAUUGGAUGAAAAGCGAAGAUUUGGAAAGAGUUAAUACUGGAUUAGAAUUGUUUUGUACAAUAUUCUCCAAAGUAAGUGAAAAAUAUAGAAAUGAGAAAAUUCUUCCUGAAAGUUUCUCACUCACUCCUUUGAUUCCUAAAUUAAUGCAAGCUCUCUUAUAAAUAUUAGUUAACCUAAGAACUUUAAAUGAAACUUAAAGAGAAAAAUUAUUUGUUUUGCUCUAUUUAACUAUUACUUCAUUUGCUUACGCUGAUGGAUCUGAUAAUCGUUUAGUCGCAUAGUGUUUUGAUGAAACUUUCAAAGAUUGGAUGAAUCUCUUUAUUUCUACCUUACAAACCGACCUCAAAUCUCACAUCACUAUUAAGAGAUAUAUUCUUAAAAUUAUGAAUGUCAUUUUUAGAGAUUUUACUUAUUAUGCUAGAAAUGCUAUUGCAAUUAGAAUUCUCCCUAUUUGGAAGUUCAUGAACUCCAUUCUUCCCCUCUACAUUUGGACUUGUGUGUAUGGCAUCUAAUUACAAAAUCUUGAUAAUAAUGCAUAACCAAUUCAAGAUCCAGCUACUAUUUUGAUUUAAUAAGGAGCUCAAUAGAUGGAUCAAUACGGAAGUGCUGGAUUAGAUAAUUUAGAUUUUAGAUUUUUAGAAGAAGAAGAUGAAUGUUUGAACGAAAUUGAAGGUUUAACAUUAAAUGCUAUUGAAUUACUUGCAACAUUAGUCAUUAAAGAAGAUCUUUAUAUGUUAGUAAAGCAUGCUCUUUUCCCAAUUAUCAAUGCUCUUGCUCACUUUAUUCUCCUUUCUAAGUAACAAGAAAAAUUAUGGAUUCAUGAACCAAAUCAAUUUAUAACUGAUGAUGAAGAUGAAGCAAAUAUGAAGUCACUCAGGGCUCUUGCACAUAACUUAAUUUUCUAACUAAUUGAAAAGUUUUAAGAUUAAACUACUCAAGCUCUUAUGAUUGUUGCCGAAAAGUUCAUGACAAACCAAGAUCAAGCACAAACAGUUUAAGUUAUCUAAGAAUUUUACGAUAAGGGGUUAGCAAGUGAAAUUAAAAUGGGCUAAAGCUUUGACUUCACCAAAGAAAGACUUAUGGAAUUCAUCAAAACUUCUAACUUUGACUGCACUCUUCCCGAUCACGCUUGGAAAAAGAGAGAAGUAGGUCUCCUCCUUCUUGGUAGCUUUUCCGAUGAUAUUAUCGAUUUCCAAUAUAAGCAUACCUCUUCUUUUGACAUUUCCUCUCUCAUCCAAAAUCUUAUUUCUGAUAUUCAAAUUCCUAAUUCUAAUCCUAUCCUUAUAGCUAAAUCAUUAUGGUGUGUUACACGCUUUUCAGAGGUUAUUGCCUAAAAGCACACCGAAUUAUUCCUUCCUCUCUUUAAAGUUGCAAUGUCUUGUCUUUCAAAUAUUCACUAAUUCCCAGUUCGUUUGACUGCUGUUAAGUCGAUUGGAGUAAUUGCUCAUAAGAUCAAAUAAUAUCAAUAACAAUUACCUGACAGAAGCACUUGGGUAUAAUAUGGUAUUGAAGACGUUUCUAUAUUAGUAGAUGUAUUUGAUAUUUUAACUUAUGUAAAUGUUGAAACUGUGCACAUUAUUUUAGAUACUCUUGUAUAUUUGAAUAAGCUUUCUAAAGUUUAUAUUCCUGAAAUAGCUAAUCUAGGUGCUAGAUCUAUUUUAUAAAUUUUCACUUUGUAGCAUAAUGAUUAAAUGAUUAAUCGUAUUACUAUGGAGCUUAUUACUUAACUUUCUGAAGAUCCUGUCUCUUUCAAUAUUAUCUUCUAAAAUGCCUUCUCAUCUUUUAUUCUUGAUAGUUUUAAUCUCAUUAAGCAUCACAUUGCCGAAAACUCAAAUUUAACUUAAAUUAGACAACAAGAUCUCUCACUUAUGGCUAGUAUAUUUGAUGUAACCAGCAUUUUUGUCAAGAACUGCUAAGAUAACAAUGCAAAGGAAAGUUUAAUCAAACUCUUACCUCCUCUUCUUAACCUUAUGAUUGUCAACGAAGAAUGCACAUUAUAAUAACAUGCCUCAAUUUGCCUAAAAAAUUUCAUUAAAGUUGCUGACCAAUAUAUAAUUAAAAAUCAAUUAGUAAAGGAUGUUCUUUAAGUUAUUAUGAAGUUACUAUAAGUACCUACAAACUCUUAAUUUGAAAGUAAUUCAACUUACUCAGGAAAUCUCUGCAUGAUAGCAUUCCACAAUCUUCUUGGUGGUUCUGCUGAUCCUGAAAUAUUAAAAUAAGUAAUUUAUAAGAUUUUUAGGUCAAAGCUAGCUACUACUGUUCAAGGUUUAGUUUUAGUAUGGGCUCGUAUGAUUAUUAACAAUCCCAUUGAAUCAGUUAAUUUCCUUUACUCAUUCAGUGUUGAAAACAGAUUUGCUUUGAAAGUUUUAAUUGACAAGUGGUUAUUACAAUAGGCUGCUUUUAGAGGAAAAUAUACUAAAAACACAACUUUGUUGGCAUUGACUAAACUUUUCUUGUUAAAAGAUAAUAGAAUUGAAACUUUAGUUGCUAUUGCUUACAAUCCUUCUCAUUAAAACGUUGGACAUGAUGUAAGUGCUCCACUUAAAAUUUUAAGUACAUUGAUUAGAGGAUUAGAUAACGAGAUGAUCCCUCAAAGAAAAGAAUAGGACUAUAUAAGAGAUGCUUAAAAUUACAUAAAAGACGGUGAAGACGAGCGUUUAGAAGUUGAUGAUGACGAAAAUGGAGAUUAUAAUGACUAAUUCUAAGAAGAAAAUGAAGGAAAAGUUGAAGUUGAUAUGAAUAUUAUCCACGAUGAAGAAGAAAAUCAACCAAGACAGUUUGCAGUUGGUGGAGAAAAAGCAGGCGGAUUAGCAGAAUUUGAAACAGGAUCAACAAAUUAUAUGACUGAAGGUUUUGAAUUUGGUUAUGAUGAUGGCGAAGAAUGUGAUGAAACAACUGAAGAAGAUCUUGAAUAUUUGAAAGACCAAUAUAUAUAAGUAAAUACAGCUGAAAUGCUUAAAUAAUUCUUUAAUGACCUUGCUAAAAACGAUCCUAAGUACUUCGCUCAAUGCUUGAAGCACUUAUUAAAAGAGGAUAUAAAUCUAUUAUAAAAAUAUAUCAAUCUUAAAAAUAUUGAACAGCUACAUUCUUAAUAAAUAUACUGA